UCGGGGGACCUAGCAAUAGCAUUAACCCCACUUGGAUCACACUUGAUCUCGACUCCAUCUUUUGUUCCUUUCUCCAUCCAUCAUUUUCUAGUAGCAGCGUAGCACCAUAUAACUUCAUCGUCAUUGCUCUCUCUUUUACAGGAAACUGGUAAGCGCAAUCGGUCACUCGUUUAUAAAAAGAUUAUCAGAGUUUUGUUUUGGAGCAGUAGAAUUAAAUGGAUCUUCUGGAAUUCUAGAUAUCAGGCAUCGCAAGCUCUUGCUUCCUCCUAAUAGUAGCUACGAAGCUGCAGGUCUUUUAUUUUUUUUUCCGCCGUUCUAGGAGCCCACUGGCAUCAGUUUUCUUCAUCCUGAUCGAUACGAACUGAGUGAAAUUUAGCAUCUUCAUUCAAACUUAUCUGCUCUGCUCCCCAUGAACAGGAUCUGCAGAGGCUUUACGCUGUCAGAUCCUUCCUUGUUUGUUGGUUACAGAGCUAGGGUUCAAUCAAGUCUGAAAAUGUCGGCUGUAAAUAUUCCUUCAUCUUGCUUGCUGAGAGCUUCACCCAGUGUGCAAUCCCGUGCCUCGAGUAAUCAGGGAUUAUGCUCUCUGGGCUUUCUGAAUAAUAAUAAUGUUUCCAGAGCGUUGGGUAUGAAGCCGUCCUCCACCUUCAGAAACACCUCAACGGCUGCAUACAAAGUUAAACUGAUAACCCCGAGCGGCGAAGAGAAUGAGGUUGAAGUUGGCGAUGAUGAGUACAUCCUGGACGCAGGGGAAGGUGCUGGAAUGGAGCUGCCAUAUUCUUGCAGAGCUGGUUCCUGUGCUACCUGUGUGGGGCAAAUUGUUUCAGGAUCAGUAGACCAAUCAGAGGGGUCAUUCUUGGAUGAGACUCAAAUUGAGAAGGGAUAUGUUCUUACGUGUAUUGCCCGCCCUACUUCUGAUUGUGUGAUUUACACACACAAGGAGGAAGAUCUCCAUUGAACAUCAACAUUAAAGGAGCAGUCGUGAUUAGUUUCACUGUAAUUAAUUUGGGGAAAAAAAAAAUGGAAACUUGUGACAGUCGUCGUGUUCAAGGCAUUUGUUGAGAUUGGUAGUUUUCUACAGUUGCCUUGAUGAGUAAAACUUGGUUCAGACUUUUCCAAGAAUAUGUUGUUACUAAUUAUUGAUUUUUAUUUAGUAUACUGUUAGUGUAUACAUUAUCACGAUUAGAUGGAUAUAUAAAUAAAUUUUGGAUUUUGAAAU